UUUAGUUCUUGGAAGAGUAUGAAUACCUUUUCGCAUGUUCCCCCAGGCUUUAGAUUCCAUCCUACAGAUGAGGAACUUGUCGAUUACUAUCUCAGAAAAAAGGUUGCUUCAAAAAGGAUUGAUCUCGAUGUCAUCAAGGAUGUUGAUCUUUAUAAAAUUGAGCCAUGGGAUCUUCAAGAAUUGUGCAGAAUAGGAACUGAAGAGCAGAAUGACUGGUAUUUCUUUAGCCAUAAGGAUAAGAAGUAUCCUACCGGAACUCGCACUAAUAGAGCAACAAAAGCUGGGUUCUGGAAAGCUACAGGAAGAGACAAGGCUAUAUAUUCUAGACAUAGCUUGAUUGGCAUGAGAAAAACCUUAGUGUUUUACAAAGGAAGAGCUCCAAAUGGACAAAAGUCAGAUUGGAUCAUGCAUGAAUAUCGACUAGAAACUAAUGAAAAUGGAACUCCGCAGGAAGAAGGAUGGGUUGUAUGCAGGGUGUUCAAGAAGCGAAUGCCAACACUGAGGAAAGUUGGAGAGUAUGACUCGCCUUGUUGGUACGAUGAACAGGUAUCCUUCAUGCCAGAAUUGGAUUCUCCAAGGCGAAUUACUCAACCUUACACAUCAUACCUGCACCAUUAUCCUUGCAAGCAAGAGUUUGAGUUGCAAUACAAUAUGCCUCAUGACCCUUUAUUCCUCCAACUUCCUCAACUGGAAAGCCCCAAAGUUCCACAGUCAGCUGCAAGCGCCAAUUGCAACUCCGUACUCCCAUAUGGUGGUUAUGAUAGGAACAAUGGAAGUACCCUGCAGUCCUCAACUCUUACACAAGAAGAACAAGUGCAACAAAGCCAUCAUCAAAAUUUUAACUCAAUUUACCAUAACAAUGGUGAGCAGGCUGUGGAUCCAGUAACCGAUUGGCGAGUCCUCGAUAAAUUUGUUGCAUCUCAGCUCAGCCACGAUGAUGCUUCCAAGGAAGCCAACUACUCCAAUGCCGCGGCCUUUCAUGUGGCUGAACAGAUGAACAUGCUUGCCAGUGAAUCCAAAAGGCCAGAAAUUGUUCAGGAAUAUGCCUCAACGUCAACAUCUAGUUGCCAAAUUGAUCUAUGGAAGUGAUCGAAAACAUAUAUAUUACAUAUAGUUAAUUACUUGAGGAUGCAUACUAAUUAAUUAUAGGUACUACAGUUUAUAUGAAAAGAAAUCUUGAAGAUCCAAGUGGCGCCUGUACAUAAUAAAACUAAAAAUUGUAUUGCUUUAGCUAUUGGACUGAUUGUGUCCAUCGAUCAUAAUAUUAUGAGUACUAUGGGCUACUAAAUAGAGUGCAUAUACCAAAUGCAAAUAAGUUGGUACUCUCUGUGGCUGAGCUUUGUGCGUGGGAACUGACUCAGCUGUUGAAUGUAUCUUGCCUUCAAUUUACAUACGAAGUUUUUUUUUUUAAAUUAUUAUAUUGUAACCUUUUCUAUUUAGAUUAUAUGUAUGUUCAAUUAAAGAUAGCAUCAAAGCAAGGCUUUUUUCAAUUAGAUUAUAUGUUUGUUCAAUUAAUCUCUUACAGGAUUUGUAAUUGUAAUUUUAAUAUAUGUCAAAUUU